AUGAGUUAUUGGAAAAGAUUGCUCCCACACUUGAGGACGCUGCCUGAAGAUGUUACUUCUGAGCUUGCUAGCGAGGUUACGAGUGAAAAAGAGGACCACGCUUUACUGACUAAUAAAGAGGAAUCUUUUGUUACUUACUCAAACCUUAAAGACGAAGUAUCGUUCGUUGGUUCGGGGCUUAACCAAAUUAGAAAAGGAAUUCCUUAUGAACUAAGAGAUGAGGCAGGCCGUAAAUGGUGGAAAUUCUUUGAUGAAUACGAAUACAGAUUUAAUAAAGAGUACAAAAAAUCAAGAUUUUGGUAUGAGUUUCUUUAUCCUAAUCAUACCACUCGAGGUGCAGCGGAAAGAAAAUUGUUGUACAAACUUGACGCCCUCAUUGCGCUUUACUUUUUAAUGUUGUCAUGGUCACAUUCUGUUGAUUCGUAUAAUUUUACAAAUGCCUAUGUAUCUGGCAUGAAAGAAGAUUUGAAUAUGAAGGGUAACGAUUAUGUCCAUACCACGACAAUUGCUAAUGUCGGUGCCAUCGUGUUUCAGCUACCAUUUAUGUUUCUUUUACCAAGAUACUCUUCCCAUUUGAUACUUCCGUUGAUGGAUCUCGGCUGGACCUGCUUCACUUUUGCUUGUUACAGGGCUAAUUCUUUAGGAGAGAUGCAAGCCUAUAGAUUUCUCUUGAAUGCAUUUGGUGCUGCCUACUAUCCUGUUACCCAAUAUGUAAUGGGUUGCUGGUAUGCGCCUGACGAAAUGAGCUCAAGAGUUUCCUUAUUUUUUUGUGGGAACAUGUUGGGUAGUGUCACUUCUGGUCUUUUACAAGGCCGGAUUUAUGAUAGUCUCGAUGGUCGCUAUGGGAUAGCAGGAUGGAGGUGGAUGUUUUUAAUUGAUGCGGUGGCAAUUUCGUUACCAACUGUAAUUCUAGGCUUCUUUUUGAUUCCUGGUAUACCAUCCAAAUGUUAUUCGUUGUUUUUAACAGAUGAGGAAAUAAUGGUUGCAAGGAUGAGGAACAAAAGGAAUCAGGUAAAUGACGGAGUGGAGACGUCGAAACUACAGUUAUUCACUGAUCGUAAACUCUGGAAAAAAGUCUUCUGUACUUCAACUUUUUGGGUCCUUGUCGUAUUCGACACGUGCUCAUGGAAUAACAUGACCGCGUAUAGUGGAUCGUUCGCCCUCUGGUUGAAAUCUAUUCCAACAUAUUCUGUCACCCAGGUGAAUAACUUAAGUGCAUUACCCGCUUCAUUGGGUUUUGCAUAUGUCAUCAUGUGCUCAUUUGGUGCUGAUUUGUUCCGCUGUAAAUGGGUUUUCAUGGUCUUCGCUGCGGUAAUGAACUCAAUCUCCUGUGCUAUCUUAAUAAAAUGGGAUGUUUCGUCAGGUGCUAAAUGGUUUGCAUUCCUAACAACCUAUUUUAGUGUAUCUGCAUCACCCUGUUUAUGGUCGUUCAUCAACGAUUUCUUACGCUUUGAUCCCCAAGUAAAGGCAAUAACAUGGAUAGCGAUUUAUUCCUUUUCUCAAUCAACAUACGCAUGGAUUCCAAAUCUGGCAUGGCCCACCACUGAAUCUCCCAAAUUCAAAACAGGCUACACCACCAGUUUAGUUUUCGGAGCAAUAUAUGGAUUAUGGACAUUUGUUGUCCUGUUCUUCUAUAAGCGGAACGAAAAGAGACAUGCCCUAGGUAAUGGCAUCAUCCUAUAUAAUAGCAGCAAAGGCGAGACCCCUCCAGAAUUUGUCCAUACUGACAUGGAACAGAGGAACAAUUAUUUCUACUUAAAGUAA